AUGGCGAGCACUACCAAGGAUAUCUUCAUUGACGAAGAUGUCGGCAAGGACGAUGAGUCCGCGACAGGCACAGAAACCUCCGCCUACAAGACGCUUGUCCAUGCGAUGCUUCUUCACCCCGCCACGGCCGACUCUCCAGUGCAGUAUAUGACUAGGAAAUCCAAGACGGGACCAGUUGCUGAAGGCGAGGAGACCUCUGUCCGCCUGCAGUGGAAGCCUGCGACCAAGUCUGCACUCAAGAAGGCCACCAACCUUGUCGAACAGAGGAAGAAAAAGGCACUCAAGGAGAAAGAGCUGGCCAUCAGGGAAAAGGAAGAAGCCGAGAAACGCAGACUGGUGCUGGAGGAGGCGAAGAAGGUCAUCAUUAAGGAGGAUGAGUCGCUGCCAAAACCCGUCAAGAUCAGACUGAAUGAAAAGGACCCAGCGGUCGUCAGGCCUCGAGCUGAGGGGGACGAGCAGCCAGGGACUCGCGUGCGUGUUGUUGGCAGAGUCCACCGUCUACGGAUGCAGAAAGAUAUGAUAUUCUUAACGCUUUCUGAUGGCUAUGGAUUGCUUCAGUGUGUGUUCACUGGAGAUCUGACAAGGACAUACGACGCCAUGACUCUUACGCUCGAGACUUCCAUGGCCAUCCACGGGGAGAUGCGUGCUGUGCCGGUGAAGCAACAUGCUCCUGAUAACCGCGAGCUACAUGCGGACUUCUUCCAGGUCAUUGGACGUGCCGCCGGUGAUAAGGAGGCCAUUACCACCCGUGUGGCCGCGGACGCUGACCCACAGACGCUCCUCGACAACAGGCAUCUGGUACUACGCGGAGAGACCUCUUCUUCUGUUCUCAAAGUCCGAGCAGCCGUCGUACGGGCCUUCCGCAAGACUUUUGAGCAGAAGCAGAUGCUCGAAGUUACUCCUCCGGCCAUGGUCCAGACCCAGGUGGAGGGUGGAAGCACCCUGUUUGAAUUCAACUACUACGGCGAAAAGGCCUAUCUCACCCAGUCCUCACAGCUGUACCUAGAGACCUGUCUAGCCUCCCUAGGAGAUGUAUUCUGCAUUUGUCCGUCUUUCCGUGCGGAAAAGUCUCUCACUCGCCGCCACUUGUCUGAAUAUACCCAUAUCGAAUCUGAGCUGGACUUCAUUACCUUCAACGACCUACUCGACCAUAUCGAAGAGAUAAUAUGUAGUGUUAUUGACAUUUCCCUGGCUGACCCCCAGAUCGCUGCGUUCGUCAAACAACUCAACCCAGACUUUCAACCUCCAGCGCGGCCCUUUAGACGUAUGCGGUACUCCGAAGCCAUCGAAUGGUUGACCGAACACGGCAUCAACAAUGAAGAAGGCAAACCGCACUCGUUUGGAGAUGAUAUCGCUGAAGCUGCCGAGCGCAAGAUGACCGAUAUUAUCAACAAGCCUAUUCUACUCACCCAUUUCCCUGCCGAGAUCAAGGCCUUCUACAUGAAGAAAGAUGCAGAGGACCCGCGUGUUACAGAAUCUGUAGAUGUACUCAUGCCAGGCGUGGGCGAGAUUGUUGGUGGUAGCAUGAGGAUGGAUGACUGGGACGAGCUUAUGGGCGCGUAUAAGAAGGAGGGCAUGGACCCUACCCCCUACUAUUGGUAUACCGAUCAGAGAAAGUAUGGUACCUCUCCGCAUGGAGGAUAUGGGAUUGGCUUAGAAAGAUUCCUUGCCUGGAUGUGUGGACGAUACACUGUACGAGAAUGCUCGCUGUAUCCCCGCUUCACAGGCCGAUGCAGACCGUAA